CAAACCCGCCGCCUUCCUAUUCUCUCGUCCAACACCCACGCUCAACGAAACUUGUUUUCUUCUUCCGCAAACCUUUCCUCUUUUUUUUAAUUCACCACUUUUUCUAAACAAAUCAGAAAUAAUGGCUCCCAAGGCUGCUGACAAGAAGCCCGCCUCCAAGGCCCCUGCUACCGCCUCCAAGGCUCCCGAGAAGAAGGACGCUGGCAAGAAGACCGCCGCUGCCGGUGGCAAGAAGAAGCGCUCCAACACUCGCCGUGAGACCUACAGCUCUUACAUCUACAAGGUCCUCAAGCAGGUUCACCCUGACACUGGUAUCACCAAGAGCGCCAUGUCUAUCCUCAACUCUUUCGUCAACGACAUCUUCGAGCGCGUUGCCACAGAUGCCUCCAAGCUGGCCUCUUACAACCACAAGUCCACCAUCUCUUCCCGCGAAAUCCAAACGGCUGUUCGCCUGAUCCUCCCCGGUGAACUUGCCAAGCACGCCGUCUCUGAGGGCACCAAGGCCGUCACCAAGUACAUUUCCUCCACGAAAUAAGUUACUUGACGUCUUGCUUUGUUUGUUUUAUGGUGUCAUUUUUCAAUCGUUAUUUGCGCGGCAUCAGGGUAUCAUGAUUGAGAUCCUGCGG